CUGCAAGAUCUCCUGGAAAGGUACACCGGACCAUUUGUAGACAUUCGUCAAACAUAACCAGUCAUCAUGCGGAAUCUUACGGGGACCUUCUCCGAUCUUUGGAUUCACGACGCAGCUCGCGUCACCCGCUCGAGCAGCAGGAUUACUAGGACGACUGUGAACCCCGAAGACGACACUCUUUAUGUUCUCAGUGAGAAGAAGGACGACUCGGGCUUGGUGGAGCUCGAGAUUUCAAAGGCAGAGACGAACGGUGACACUCGUAUAUUGCAGUGGAUCUGCUUGCUGGAAGUCCCUACAAACAACUUCUUUCCUACCUCUGAGGAUGCCUGCGAGGCGAUCUCUUUCAGAUACUUGGCAGAAGAUGCUGCAAUCUCGGUCCUCACAUCUGGCGGAGAUAUCGUUCUGUUCAAACUCAAUCGAGACGAAUAUGACAACACCGGUGAGGAAGACGGUUUUGUACAGGCUUACGUUGUCGGUAGUAUCGAUUCCGGAAUCAAGGCUGCUUCCUGGUCACCAGAUGACGAACAGGUCGUCCUGAUUACCGGCGAGGAUCAGCUUGUCGUCAUGUCAAGAGAUUUCGAGGUCAUCUACGAAGCUCCUUUGCGGACGGAGGACUACGGGGAAGACGAGAUGAUCAACGUCGGUUGGGGAUCGAAACAAACACAAUUUCAUGGCUCCCUAGGCAAAUCGGCUGCUCAGGCUGUUGCUACCCGCCUGCCCGCUGCCAACCCGUUGGAUCAUCAGCUGCCCACAAUCUCUUGGAGGGGGGAUGGCUCCUUCUUCUGCGUCAGCUCAUAUGACCCUUAUUCAACCUCCUCCUCGCGAGCCGGGGACUACCGAAGACAGGUCCGGGUAUAUGCUCGGAGCCCAAUAGCCCUGAGCGCAACGAGUGAACCGAUAUACGGUCUGGAGGGUGCCAUAAGCUGGAGACCAGCGGGAAAUCUCAUCGCUGCCGUACAAGGAUUUGGAUGGGAUGGCGGAGCCGAAGGCGAGGGUGAAGAUCGAGGUCGAAAGGAUGUCAUAUUUCUGGAGCGCAACGGGUUGCAGCACGGGCAGUUCAGGUUGCGCGAGGACGAGCGUUAUCGAGGCAAAGAAGCACUCGUCAAGCAGGGUCAAUGCGACUGGCACGUCAAGCAGCUGGCCUACAGUAGUGACUCGGAGAUACUUGCUGUUUGGAUUCAGAGGGACGAUGCCGAUCUCGUACAAUUAUGGACGAUGAACAACUACCAUUACUAUCUCAAGCAAGAAAUCCUGCCGCCAUCAUCUUGCUCACAGAGAUUCACCUCGGUCGCAUGGCAUCAGGAAAAUCCCGGUGUAUUAUACCUGACCGGCAGAGAUUUCGCCUUGCAGAGGACGUUUGAGUGGGAAACGGCUACAUCGCGGCUGGCAAUUCCCGAUGACACAGGCUCGGUAGCUGUAAUUGACGGAGAUCAAUUGCUGAUAACGCCGUUUCGGUCUCAGAAUGUUCCCCCACCAAUGUCGGCAUAUCAAAUAGCCCUGCCUUCCGUUCCGGUCCAUGUCGCAUUCGCUCCUGCUUCGGACCAGCUGGUCGCCUUGUUCAAUAGCGGCACCUAUCAAGUCUUCGAUCUACACACUCGAAUCCCCCUAGCUGGUGCGAGGGGAGGCGGUGCCGUUGCAAAGCCCGAAAAGACGCAGGAAGAUCGUCUGAAGUUGGACCAGGCCGAGUGGCGGCAAGUGAUCCUCACAGGCGCCGGCGAGGUGUGCGGCUUGGCUCGGGAUAUCGAAGGGCAGGAUGUUUUAUGCAAGGCCUCAGCAGGCUUGGUCGGAAUCAACGGAAGGCUUGGGAGAUUGACGUAUGACGUUCAAGGGGAGCCUUUAGCGGUCCUUUCCACCGGAGAAGUCGCAGGACCUGCAGAUGCUGGGCAACUGUCUCACUUUCCCGAAUUCUGCUUCGAUGUGUGCUCAUCUGCCGCCCAGGGGCUGCUGUUCGGCAUGAAUGAUAGGGGAAAGUUAUGGGUGUUGGGAUCAGGCGAAAAUGUGGCCCUUAGCGAUGUCGAGGAUGUCGACGAGCAAGACGACCAGAGUCUGGUAUCGGACGGCCCAAUUAAACACGAGGCCCAACUGAUUGCUUCGGACGCGACGUCCAUGAUACUCUCCUCCACAUUCUUGAUCUACACGACGACCUCACACGAGUCGAAAUACGCAUCGCUGGACGUUCUUCGGAGGAUCGCAAUGGAAGAGCCGUUGGUUGAAGGGGAGCGGAUCUGGGAAAGCCGACGGGUAGAGCGAGGCUCGAAAAUCGUGACCGUCGUGCCCAGUGCGAUGAGCCUAGUUCUGCAGAUGCCUCGCGGGAACCUGGAGUCUAUCAACCCUCGUCCGCUCGUACUUGAAGUUGUCAGACGCGAUAUCCUUGCCAAGCGAUACCGAUCGGCGUUCCUGCAUUGCCGCCGUCAUCGGAUAGACCUCAACAUCCUUUACGACGUGGACCCAUCGGCUUUUCAGCAGAACAUCUCCACGUUCCUGGAUCAGGUCAAAGAGGUCGAUUAUCUCAACCUUUUCGUUUCCGGGCUCAGUCCGGACGACGUCACUACGACUCUGUAUUCUCGAAUGAGCGAAUCAAGGUCGGCCAUCAAAUCCGAUCCUGAGAAGGUCAAUCGGAUCUGUGAUAGCCUUCGAAGCGAGCUAGAAGGUCGGGAUCUCGUGAAAUAUAUCGACACUGUGCUCACGACCCAUGUCUGCAAGACGCCGUCUGACUUGGAGAGCGGGCUCCGAGUUCUUUUGCAGCUGAAAUCCUCUCAUCCCGAGAUCGUGCAAGACGCCAUCAAGUAUAUCAUCUUUUUGACAAACGUCAAUCACUUAUACGAUGUCGCCUUGGGGAUGUACGAUUUCCAAUUGGUUCUGAUGGUGGCCCAAUAUUCGCAAAAGGACCCCAAGGAAUAUUUACCUUUCUUAAGGGAACUUCGUGCUCUUGAGAAGGAUUAUCAACGGUACCGGAUCGAUGACCAUCUCGAGCGGUGGGAACGUGCUCUUGGUCAUUUGCACUCUGCAGGUCAUUUCGAAGAAGCCAUCGAAUAUGUGGAACGACACGAUCUUUAUAUCCCUGCAUUGCGGUUGUGGUCGGGUCAGCCCGAAGAAUUGAAGGCUAUCUAUGUUCUUUACGGCGAGCAUUUAAUCGAGGAACGGCAAUUCUCCGAGGCAGCCCAAGCGUUUGUUUUGGCAGAUAGGCUCGAUCGAGCGAUGGUAGCGUACGAGCAUGCACACGCUUGGCGACAGCUAUUCGCGUUGGCCAUCAGCGAGAAGCUAGCUGUCGAGGAGCUGAGCGAUAUGUGCGAGCGAGUUUCCGAAUACCUGGCAUUGCACGCCCGCCAUCUGGAAGCUGCGCAAAUCUUGCUCGACUAUGGUGGUGGCGUCAGCGAAGCCGUACAUGUCUUGUGUAGGGGUUCGCAAUUUGCCGAGGCAAAGCGACUGAUCGCGCUCCAUAACAAGCCGGACCUCAUCGAGUCGAGCCUGCAUCCUGGAUUGGAAGACGCGCAUGAGCAGUUCAUCGACACGUUUGACGAGAUGGAAGGACAGCUUGAGAAGGAAAUGGACAGGAUCAAGGAGCUACGUGCCAAGGUGGACAAAGAUCCAGAUUCGUUUUUCAUGAUCGAAUCCGAACCUGCGCUAGAAAACGUCGACGUAAUGACACAGGCGACAACUGCAGUGACCGGUUUCACACGCUUCACCGCUGCCAAAUCCGCCACCUCGAAUGUCACGGGUGCCUCGAAGGUGACAUCGAGUACGCGUCGAAAGGCUCGAAGAAAGGCGGCAGGAAAGAAGGGCACUGUGGAUGAGUUCGAAUAUCUUUUGAACAGUCUCGGUAGACUGGUUAGUAGGGUAGACGAGAAGAGCGACGAAGUGUCGAACCUCCUUCCACAUCUCCUUCUGGCUUCGUCCAGCCACCGAAAACUCGGACAGGAACUGCAGCUGAAGGUCGACCGGUUCCGCGAUCUUCUCGCUUCGGCGCUCGACAUCGCGUGGAUGUGUAAAUCCGACGUCGAUAUCAUCAAAGACAAGCUGAUCGGCGAGGAGGAACGGACGCGGGAGGCUUGGCUGAGUGCUCAACGAGGAUAUGACGCAACCCAAGGACACGCAGCAAUCGCAGCCGGCGCCGCGGCUCCUUCGCAGGAAGCAGGCCCGAUGGGCGGGGAGAGCAACAAGGGGGUCAUACUUAAGCCCAUAGUGGGACAGUGGAGGAGUCGCUCGAGAUUCUUGUAGAUGCACCACGAUCAUCAGAUUCUUAUCGGUACACAUGACAAGUGGACUGAUAUAAGAAGCAUCAUUAUUUAACUUGUCUGUGGGGCUACAUCGUGAUUCAAAAUCUGCAUGGUGACGCAUCGAGCUCUACCAAGG